AAUGACUUAUUGAGGUUUGAUUCCAGCAUUGAUUCGUCGGAGCUUGUCCUAAUCUUGGUUUUCAGCAUUAUUUUCCUCUUUGAUAAUGGUUGUUUAAAAAACAUAGGGGCGGUGCAUUGGUUGUGAAUUUUCUCAAAAAUAUAUGGCAUCUCUUGUUCAUUGCUAUCCAUAAUUUCCACACAAAGCUUUGUGAUCUUUGUCAGGUAAGCAUGCUAAUUUCUACAGUAAUUAAAAUGGCAUGCCGUUUUUCCAGGUAAUAAACUGCAGGCGUUCUUAAUUUGUUAAUUAUGAUAUAACCCCAAUGGAGAAAGAAACGAUAUUAGACAAGGGAACUCAUAGGCAUACUGUUUACUACUAAAAGAUCAAUCUUUGGCUUCUUAUAAUUAUCAAGUGUUGAAGCUUUCUUAUUCUCGUUCUCUCUCUAUCUCUGGUCUACAAGGCCGUGCUGCGGCUGCAGGUACAGACACGUGCCAUGGCUCGCUUAGAUGGUCAUCACGCUAGCUACAUACAUCCUGAAGUAGGACCCCUCAUCAAGAAGAAAUGAAUACUUUUCUACAGGUUUUGAGGUUGCUCCAUGCCAUAUUGUUGAGCUUCGUAAAAAUGGAGAGGGGACUUGCUGCGGAUUCAUCAUCUUUGACCUCACAUCUUGCAAGUGAGGAUAUGAUGUUUAUGGGCCUCUCGAGAAGUGCCCAAUUUGUGGUGGUCAGCUUGAGUGCAAGGGGUGGAAAUACAAGUGUACUAGCAAAUACAGUGAGUGGGCAAGCUGCAUUUUCAGCAGCAAUAGUCCUCCAAGGAAAUAUGAUCCUAUAAAGGUGCCGGAGGAUGUCAGCAAUGGUUUUUUGAACAUGGAAAUGAGGCCACACUCUUCCGGUGGCUGAAGCGGCAAGAAGGGAAGGGGUACCCUAAGCGUGAUGUGGAUGAAGAGGCCCAUAUCUUCUCAGGCAUGAUGGUUGCGCUGUCUGGACGGAUGUCGCGCUCACACAUUCUGAACCAUGGAGGACAAGUGAAUAAUUUCGUGCUUGGUGUCACAUGUGUAGUUGCUUUUCCAGCUGAGAGAGACAAGGGAGGCUGAGGAGGGUUUGCUGAAGCACUAUAAUAAUCCCUUGAUGACCACUUUCUUAUCUUCCAUUGUAGUCCAUGCUGUGUUUAGCACAUAUGAAAGCAGUCCAUUUCUAUUUUUACUUUUAAAAAGGAAUGCUUGCCUGUACAUUACCCUUUCUGAUCAUGUGUUCAUUGCACAAUUGGACCAUGCAUGCACAGGGAGCGCGGAACUCCUGUAGUGAGUGAGAACUGGAUAGUCGAUAGCAUUCAGAAGAAGGAAGCCCAGCCAUUGGCUGCUUAUGAUAUUGUAUCGGAUGUUGUUCCGGAGGGCACAGGACUGCCGCUGGACAAGCUUGAUCCAAGCGAGGAGGCCAUCGAGACUUUGGCGGCAGAGCUGAAACUUGCUCGCAAAAGAUCGGUGCACAAGGACUCUAAACUGGGCAAAGACGGCGGGUGUAUCUUUGAGAAGGAUGACAUCAUCUACAAUUCUGCCUGUUCAAUUUGCGACUUAGGAUCCGAGACUAACCAGCUCUACAUUAUGCAGCUGAUCAUGCUACCUGAAGAACACCUGCACCUUUUCUACAAGAAGGGUCCAAUUGGCCAUGAUCAUAUGGCAGAGGAACGAGUCGAGGAUUUUGGUAACCGUGUCAACGAUGCUAUCAAGGAAUUUGCCCGUCUGUUCAAGGAGGUUACUGGAAAUGAUUUCGAGCCAUGGGAGAGAGAAAAGAAGUUUGAGAAGAAGAGUAUGAAGAUGUACCCCUUGGACAUGGAUGUUGGUUUCGACGUGCGUCAUGGAGGUGCGUCAUGGAGGUAUGCUUUGACAGAGAUGGCCCAGGAUCUGCCUGACCUUCCUAUUGGGAUGCUUACAGAUGCCCAUUUGAAGAGAGGUAGAACAAGAUGGAGACGCAAACGGUUUUGACCAACAUAUUGCUAUUCAAUUCAAUCUUGCAAUUGAGGUUUGAGCCUCGAGAAUCAGUCUUGCAGAUCAAUUGCAACGGUGUGAUCAGUAGAUUGUUUAACAAAAAACAACUGAAAAGAGCCAUGGGAGCAGAGAAGGUUGUUUGUUUCUCUUCUUAGUUUUGCUACUUUUAGACAAGCUGCUUUUGCGGCACUUGUAUGCACACAAAAAGUAUUACUCUC